AUGGCAUCCCUGUUCAACUCCUCCCAGGAGAUAGUGUUUGUGCUGCAUGGACUGAAUGUGACACAGACAAACAGACACAUCUACUUUGUAUUUAUUCUCAUCCUCUAUCUCUUCACCAUUUUUAUUAAUCUAACAUUGAUCUUUGCUAUUUUUCUGGAGAAAAUGUUUCAAAAUCCAAUGUAUUUAUUCCUCUGUAAUCUGUGUAUCAAUGGGAUCAUUGGUGCUUCAUCUUUCUACCCAAAGAUACUUUUUGACAUUUUAUCUGAUUCUCAUGUGAUAACCUACAUUGGGUGCUUGACCCAGGUAUUUGUCACCUUCUUCUAUAUUUACUGUGAAUUCACAAACCUGUCAGUGAUGGCUUAUGACAGAUAUGUUGCCAUCUGUAAGCCACUCCACUACCACUGUAUUAUGACUAUUAGAAAAGUGUGGACACUGAUUUUUUUAACGUGGAUUUUUUCUUGGCUAGAAUGUAGCCUUGGAAUAGUACUAUUAGCUAGGUUGCCUCUCUGUGGCGUUGACAUUGAUAAACUCUACUGCGCAAACUGGGCAGUGGUGAAACUCUCAUGUGUUGACACCACACUUAACAACGUUUAUGGCUUAAUUCUAACGUUUUCUCACUUCUUUCAAACUAUAUUCAUUCUGAUUUCCUAUGUAAACAUCGUCAAAGUAGCUCUACUUUCCCGGGCAGAGAGGAGGAAGUUCAUGCAGACCUGUCUGCCUCAUCUAAUUACCCUGGCUAACUUUGAAAUGUCUCUCUUCUUCGAUGUGAUGUACGCUCGUUAUGGCAGCAACACCAGUCUGUUGGCCCUGAGGAAUAUCAUGGCUGUGGAGUUUCUAGUUGUCCCUCCUCUGGUAAAUCCUAUCAUAUAUGGGAUGAACCUCAGUCAUAUUCGGAAAAGAGUAGGACAGAUGUUCAAAUGUAAAUUUGCUGUCCGGAGAUAA